UCUAAUAACCACAUCAGUCAAGUCAACCUUCCGCGUGUUAGCGCGUCACCCCAAAAUCCGUUACAACCUCCUCCUCUUCUUCUCUUCCAUUUCACUUCACCUUCUUCGAAACCGUCACUUUCUCUCUCCUCCUCCUCAUCUACAAAUACCCUCUUCUUCCUCCCCAAUUCUCUCUCCUAAACACCGCCAUUAACAACCCCAAUUUUCACUCUCCUCAAAACCUCCAUUAACAAACAACCACCAUGAAGUGCUCAAACAGCCUCGUCGGACUCCUCAACUUCAUCACCUUCCUCCUCUCCAUCCCCAUCCUCGGCGGCGGCAUCUGGCUCGCUCACAAAGCCACAACCGACUGCGAAAAAUACCUCGAAAAACCCGUUAUCGCACUCGGCGUCUUCCUCCUCGUCGUCUCUCUUGCCGGAUUUAUCGGCGCUUGUUGUCGCGUUAAUUGGCUUCUCUGGGUUUACCUUGUUGUCAUGUUUAUUCUCAUCGUAAUUCUGUUUUGUUUCACCAUUUUUGCGUUUGUUGUUACCAACAAAGGUGCUGGUGAAGUUGUUAGUAAUCGUGGGUAUAAGGAGUAUAAGCUCGGUGAUUACUCCAAUUGGUUGCAGAAAAGGGUUGAUAAUUCUAAGAAUUGGAAUCGAAUUAGGAGUUGUUUGAUUGAUGGUAAAGUUUGUCAGAAACUUGCUCAAGAACGUAAUAUUGGUGCUACUGAUUUUUUCGCCAAACAUUUGUCUCCAAUUGAGUCUGGUUGCUGUAAGCCCCCCGAAGACUGCCAAUUUGCAUAUGAAAGCCCAACCAGCUGGAAUAAGAAUGGAAAUGUCACUUCCAACAAUCCUGACUGUGGUGCCUGGAACAACAACUCAACCACUCUCUGCUAUGACUGCACUUCGUGCAAAGCCGGGUUUCUGCAGAACCUCAAGAGUGACUGGAAGAGGGUUGCUGUUAUCAACAUCGUUUUCCUUGUCUUCCUCAUCAUCGUAUACUCUAUUGGUUGCUGUGCUUUCCGCAACAAUAGGUGGGACAGUGCUGAUCCAUGGAAGCCAUAUCGCUGAAGAUGACCUUUAGAUGAUCAGUCCGUAGUCAGUAUUAUUACUUAGAAUGUUAUCUGUACAGAUGUUAGAUCUGUUUUGAUUCUAUCUGGUUCAAUUUUUUUUUAAUCUCUGCAUAGCUUAUGUUUGUCUAUUAUUUUCAUACACUAGUAGUAGUGUAUAUGGACAUACGGUUUAUAUGUUAGUCAUGUUGCUGUGUAUAUUGAUCACUUUGUUCUAUACUAUGACAGAGCUUCUCAUUUGGCGUGUUCAUA